AUGGCUACUUCAAAUUCGGACCUUGUCCGAAAGGCCGAGGCCAUUCUGGCAAGUGCCAAAUCCUUCAAGGGUGACCGAGCCGAAAGAUACGAAUUGAUGAAGCAAGUAGAUCUCUUUUAUCAGGACUUGGAAGAUCCAAUGGACGCUAUGCUAAAGCAAUUCUCGUCUACAAGCGUAUCAACUUCGCUGGCUGUGAUGGUUGCUAGUGGUGCCUUUGAAAAGAUGCCGAAGCAGGGCAGCAUCACAGCGAAGGAGCUCGGCGCACUUGUCAAGAUCGAGCCGAAUGUCAUAGCACGCCUUAUGCGAAUGCUCACAGGUACUGGCAUCAUUGAACUCACUGGAGAUGACACCUACGCUCAUACCCCUAAGUCUCUCGUCUACCUACAAGGUGCAGCUGUUGAUUUCUGGAAUCUAUGCACAAAUUUCACCCAGUGCUUCCUCCGCUUUCCCGAGUACUUCAAGACCAAAACCCCAGAGGACCUGAUUGAUCUCCGGAAGACUCCAUAUUCUUUCGCAUAUGGCGCUGAAGGUCUGACGUUCUAUGAGGUCCUCGCAUCGAAACCCGAGACUCUAAACAUGUUCAAUAAAGCUAUGAUGCAACAGGAAGCUUCGUUGCCAACUCUAGGGAUGUUUCCAUUCGCGUCCCUCAAGAAUGAGGUAGAGGCCGAACCACAGAGGGCCUUCGUUGUUGAUAUUGGUGGUGGAAGAGGCCAAUCUCUUCUCCUGAUCCAGCAAGAAACCUCCAAUGGAUUUGGAACGAGCUCGAAGAUGAUCUUGCAAGACAAGCCCCAUGUCUUAGAUACAAUACCGCCAGAGCUGGUUCCCGGAAUUGAAAAGGUGCCAUAUGACUUUUACACUGAGCAACCCAUCAAGAAUGCCCAUAUCUAUUAUAUACGCCGAAUCAUGCACAACUAUCAAGACAAUGUUUGCAAGACAAUUCUGGAGAAUAUCGCCAAAGCUAUGGGUCCCACUUCUCGUCUCUUGAUUGCGGAGAUCAUUGUUCCCGCUCGCACUACAGUGGGUGAGGACAUGAGCACGUAUUGGAUGGAUAUGGUAAUGCUGGGCAUUGGUGGGAAGGAAAGACGUGCAAACGAAUUUAGCGAUCUUUUACAGUCUGUGGGUUUGGAAUUGGUCAAGAUCUGGCCAGCGAAGGUUGGUAAUCAGGCGGUUGUGGAAGCGAGAUUAAAAGGGGCUUGA